CACGCACACACACGCACACACACACACACGUUAACAGGCUGAAAAGCGAGAUGGAAUUAUUUACGUUUGCGCCCGUGGAGCCACGCCCAGUCUCGCGGCGUUGAAAUGAGCCUCUUGCGUCAUGUGUCAUGUCAGACGCGCGAGCCGCUCACGCUCAUGACAGCUCGGUGUUGCCCUUCAGAUUUACCCCGCGGUGGACUGAAGCACUGAAGGACUUCAGCUCCAUCGGUCUGUCGGGUGAAGAGCAGCGUUCAAUGGCUACCGCUCUGCUGAGGAGAAGCGCGUCUUCCACUCCAGCUCCACACGAGCCGUUUAACGCGCCUCUCACGGUCACGGUGCCCGAGACAGCGCACGGAGACGUUUUCAGACCUCAGGAGCGUCUCACAGGGAGGAACAGAUUUAAUGGCACCCCAGCAGAUCAGCACACUCUGAUGGACAAAUACAUGCCACCGCAGUUCCAGACCAUGCCAGAGCAUAAGAAGUAUAAUCAGAACAGUUUCAUGACCAUGGACCAAGGUUUACCUUACAGCAUCAACAUGAACGUCUUCCUGCCUGAAGUCCCGUACUUGCGUACUGGGCUCUGUCGACCGACAAGACCCACAUUGGCACCCCAAAUGAAACCAGAACCCAUGCAUACGCUCAGCUACCCGAGCUGCCACAGCAAUGUGCAGUCAGCUCCUCCACCCUCAGAAUACACACACCACUUCAGCCCAGCCAACGGGACGUGCAGCCCGGCGUUCAUCAAGCAGGAGACGUCGGAGAUGGACUACCAAGACAGUCAUCUAUUCCAACUUCUGAAUUCAGACCUAGACCCCGUAGUGCCUGGUCCCCACUCUGGCAUUUGCUCGUCCGUGUCAACGUACAACAGCAUGAAUUCGUCGAUUUCUCCGAUCGCACGAAGAACCAUGUGUGAUAUGGGAAGUGGGUCUACGCCUUCCGGUCACGUCGGUCGGCAUCAUCAGCAGCCAAGCGUGCCGUAUCUUCCCCCCUCCCCCCCGAACUCCGAGCCCAGCAGUCCUGACAGGAGAAAAGAACUCUUACACAAGCUGUCGCCUCCUCCCUCCUAUGCUGCCAGUAUUGCAUGUAAACUGGUAGGGCCGGCUUUAGGCCCUCAAGCAGCUGUACCGGUACAAACACAAGCCAUGCCUGCCAGGCACAACCGCAGGAGCAAUCCUGAUCUAGAGAAGAGGAGGAUACAUCACUGCAAUGUCCCAGGUUGUAAGAAAGUCUACACCAAGUCUUCCCAUCUGAAGGCGCACUUACGGACUCACACAGGAGAGAAGCCGUACGAGUGCUCCUGGGAGGGCUGUGAUUGGCGCUUCGCCCGCUCCGACGAGCUGACACGCCACUUCAGGAAGCACACGGGCGCUAAACCCUUUCACUGCCCCGUGUGCAGCCGCAGCUUCUCGCGCUCUGAUCACCUGGCCCUGCACAUGAAGAGACACCAGAGCUAGAACCACAAUGUCAUGCUGACUUACAUGACUCACUCUCUUUCUGUCAGUAGAACUUGGGUGUGUUGUGUUUGCUUUGGUUUUGGCAGCUCAUGAGGCACAAGUAGUAAACGGUAUUGGCACUAGACCUGUAGCCUUGUGGAACACAACCACUACAUGGUGGGAAAUUAGCUGGGAGUUUCAGUAGCCUUUUUUUUUUUUUUUUUAGUAGUAGUACUAGUAGUAUUAUAUAUAUAUAUAUAUAUAUAUAUAUAUAUAUAUAUAUAUAUAUAUAUAUCAUAAAAUGUGCCUUUCCAUAUUUUGAAACAUAAAAGUCACUUUUAAUGCGAAUAUAUUCUUAAGUCCAUUGCACCUUAUCGUUAAUUUCACAUCUGUCCAAGUGAAAUGGAAAGUUUAACUCUUUCGGAAAACCCUGUGAGACGUUAAUGAGAUUAACGUCCGUUGUCAAAAGAAUUGCUUAUGAAGCACCGAGUAAACAAAGACCCGAAUCCGAAAUACCAAAGACAGAAGUUCCACGCGUGUGUUCCUGUACUGUCUCUGUCACAGCUAAAUGAUCUGAACCAUUUUUUGGUGGGGUUUUGUGUUUAUUCUUAAUCAAAGCGCAUUACAGAAACUGAAAUCGUUUAUAUGAGACUUUAUUUGGGAUGAGUAGAAGAUUCGAUUUUAUUUGGGACUUUAAUAGCUUUAACUCUGUGUGUAAAUAUUGUAAUUCCUUUACCCUAGUAUUUAUUUUUUUCAGAUUAUUAUUUUUUUUUUACUGUAUAAAGUACUUCUCUAUGCACAUGUGUGAAUAGAGCUACGGGUUUGACGGUGUUAACGAUAUUUAAAAAAAAGUCUUUUAGAUAAGUUAAGAACUACGUGAUGGGGUAUUUUGGAGGGUUUUUUUUUUUUUCUUUUUUGAAUAACAGCUACAGCAGAUAGCGCUUCAUUGUCUACGUGUAAAGCGUCCCGUGCUUUAUAUCGACUGUGUGGUAUCAGUUAUGUUUCCAGAUAUUCUGCUGAAGGCCUGCUCGCCUAUAGUGACACUAUAAUAACGAUAGCAGAGAUCAGAUCAUGGAUUCUGAUGAAGGACUGUAACAUCUAAAGCCUUUUAUAUGGUUCACAUCGAGACCUCGCAAAGUCACUGUGUGUCUGCGUUAAAAGCAGAAGAUUUCCAACACAGCGAUGCGUUUGUAUUUGGACAGCGUUUGAGUCACAGAUUUCAUACUUCAUUACCAAGUCAUGCAUCAUUAUUUUCCACAGAAUCAUUUGUAUGUGUAUAAAUCACAGUAAAUCCCUUGCUAUACAAGUCAAACUGGCAUGUCCUGCUGCUCUGAUCCUAGGCAUUGUGUCCUCCCAUGUCCUUUACCACACCUGCCACGCUUUAGGCGCAUACCUGAAUGAUAAUAGGUGUGGUACUAUUACAGAGUAAUUAAACUGAAUUGAUACAGCUAACACUACUGGUCUCGAACAAAUGUAGCGUUAUUAUUAGAGAAUUGGGUGUUUUCUUAUAUGCUGGUUCAAGCCUAUACUUUUCAAACCAUUCGUGUGUUCAGAUUGACUCAUAUGUACUGUACAAUAUUAAAUAAAUACUGGACUUUUUGUUUAAUAUUAUACAAUAGAAUCAUGUAUAAGAAGACCAAAGCAUUGGGAGGUGUAGUGUGGAUUUCCUGACUACGUGGACGUUGCUAUGUUGUUUGGAUGGGUUUCAUCAGGCUGUGAGGAUCACAUGGACCAGUCUAUGGGUCAGUCUAAAUGAUUCAGUUCAUUGAAUCUGAAUGAUUCAGUCUAAAAAGAAAGCCUUGCAUGUGUGCAUGUGGACUAACUGGUUUCGUCCUGGUUUAACCUUUGAAAUAAGCAAUGCAGGCGGGUUUUUUUGUUUUGUUUUUUUUUAAAUUGCUAGUCAUUUAUCUUAAUUUGAAAGAAAAAGAUUGGUUUAUAAUUUCAUAUAAUUGUCGGCUUAUGGGGAUGUAAAAGCAAAACAAGCUCAACUGCUCAAUAGCAAAAGGAAGGUUAGAUAAUUGCUGUCACAGGUAUGUGAUGUUCAUUACAGGGUUAAAUCCAUCAGGCAGGUGUAGUUCUGCUGCACUGUGUGCCACGCCCGGUCCCUAACGUUAUACUCAGUGGCUUUUGUCCAGCAAGCACAUUUUGCUCGUUUUUUUUAAAUCGAUUAAUUUUUUUAUGCAACUUCUCAGAAUUCAAAGCUGAAACUAUCCACCCUCAGCCCACGUAAAUCAGUCACGUGUAUUCCAUACAAAAUGCAACUUUAUUAACUUCCAUGCCUCCGAUUAGAUUAUCAUACAAGUAUCAUGUUAAAACUCAAAAAAAAAUUAAAAUUCACAGCUCAAUCUUUAGGGAAUAAAAAAAAAAAAAAAAAAAAAAUAACAACAACAACAACAAAAAAAAUACAGAGAAAAAAAAAAAAAACAA